AUGUAACAUACUUAGAAAUUCAUCAUUGAUAACUAGGACUUCGCAAUUUUUGAACUGAUUAAUAAGCAUGUGAAUGAAAUAUUACCCUAGGAUGACUAGUAAUUGAAAGAGUAUGAGCUAUUCUUGAUCUUUUUAUCAUCAAACAUUCAGAGAACUUUCUCACCAACACCAUCAGAUUCAUUAGUUGCAUUUUCAUUUGAGAUCAUUAGAAAGGCCCAGCUAUAUAUAAGAGACAGAAAAAGUAUCAAUGAUGUGGACACUGCAGAUGACAUUUCUUUCAAGAAUGAUAUUACAUUGUAAACUAUUCUCGAGAUUUCAUAAUAGAUUAUUGGAUAACUAGUAAAAUUAGGGGAUGAAGGUGUUGCUCAACUUCUUAACCUAAUCUUAUUGGAGUUAAGUCAAUAUCUAUAGGCCACUUAAGGGAAAUUCCUAAAUUUAAAGGAGUUUGCACCAAUCUCUAUUGUAUUUAAAGUUAUUGAAUACUUGAUUAGAGAUAAGAGGUUUGCCUUUACUGAGGCUAUAUUGAAGACUCUCGAUUAAAUUCAAGGAGUCACAUACACUAUCUUUGAAAUAUACAAAUAAAACUCAUAAUACUUUAUAAUCACUAUUGCCUCAUCGAGCAAGUACGAUGAAGAGAGAUAAGUCAGAAGAAUGUCAGUUAUCUUCACAGAUAUUCUAGAGAUGCUGGUUCAAUUCAGUUGUCUUUAUCUAAAGAAUUUAUCUAAAUUAGGCUAGGCACAGAUAUAUAUUGUUCAUGCAAAUAAGCUCUAUCAAACACUCUUCGCUGAUACUGAAUCAUAGGUAUAAUUGCAAGCUGAUGGUCCAUCCGCAGUAGAGUGCUUUACUCUUAGAGAAAGACUUAAGAUUUUAAGCGAAUUGAAUUCUAUUUUCAACCUUAUACCAGAAAUUAUUAAUAAAAAGUAUUAUUGGAGACUAAUCAAGGAUGGCUUGUCUGAUACAGAUAAUUACUGCAGAAAAGUUAGCAUGUCAGUUUUGAAAAGCAAUCUCUAAGUAAUUGGGAAUGAACAACUAUAUAAUGGCUUUAUCAAUAAAGAGGAAUUUGAGCAAUUAUGGACUACAUUCUUUGAUGUGUAUGAUACUCUAGAGAGUUUUGGAUCUCAUCUUACUAAAGCUGUUUGGGGUAGAACAGAAGUAAUCUAUAAGUAUAUCAAAGACAAGUAUCAGGACGGUGUUUAGCUACAUCCAUUACUAGAUUUCAGAGAGUGGAUUCUUGUAGUCUACAGAAGAAUCUAAACACAUCCUAAUUUGAAAGUUAGAAGAUGCAUCAUCAAAGCUACUUUAAAGAGACCAUAUGUGACGACUCACAUGAAUGAGUAUAUCUUCGACAUCUUUGUAAAGUCUCUCAAUAAAGGCUUGAUUUUCAAGGAUACCAACGUUUACACCCAGUUUUCACAAAGUAAUGAGUUAGUAAACAAAUUUUAUGAACAGUAUUUCUUCAACGAGAGUGUUGAUGUAGCUGGUGACCUCAGAGCAUUCUUCAAAGGAUUUAUCAAGCAUGUUACUUACCCACAGUUGAUUUUGUGCACACUAAAGAUCAUUUCAAGAGAAUAUAAGCAAAACGAGGGAUUCAUUGGCAACCAGGAAUUAAAGGAGAUGUAUGAUGUUAUGAAUUCUUAUUUUGCAGAGCAGAUAUUCAGCAGCAAGUAUCUCUGCUACAAAUACAUAUAUCAAAUGACAAGUCAAUAUCUUUAAAAGAAUACCUUCAAGGAUAUUAAUGUGAGUCUUCUGCUUAAGAUUAUAGGCAAGAUGCCAAUUCAAUUCUUUACAAACCAAACUUCAUAUCAAGAUAAGGAAGCACAUAAGGCUUCGAUAACAUUUGUGGAUUUAUUCGCUGUACAAUGGAUCCAAGAUGGAACAAUCACUCAGUAUCUUAAAGAUCUAUUUGAAAUAAAAGCUAUUGUUAGUCAAAUGCCAAAGUACGGCAAUGAAAUUGAUCUUAUAAUAUCAGGAUUAGCUAAAGUUCUUCUGGCACUUGGCUUGAGAUAUCAAGAUUAGCAUUAUUAAUGGUUUAUUGCUACUAUCAGACCAAUAUUUGAGAAUCUAACUCAUAUUCUAAACAGCUCUUAUCUAAGUCCAGAAGUAUUAGACUCUAAAGUUAGAUACUUAAGUAUUCUAUUUAGAACAAUCUAUAACUACUCGGAUAAUCAAUUCAGACAUGUUUUAAGAUAAGAGUUGCUUCCUCUAAUCCCAAUUGUCUUUGAUAGGCUUGAGAAUAACCUUAUUAUGCCUUUAACCAAAUAUGAGCAGGCAUAAUACUAGCCAACAGAAAGAUAGAAGAUAUAAUCUUUGUUUUCAGAGCUAGACAACUAUCUUGAUUUCUUAUAAUUAACAAUUUCAAUGACUCACAUUCAUAUGAAUCAGAGUAAUUCCCCAGUGGAGAAAAUAAUCAAGCAAAUCCUGCAGUAAACAUUAAAAAUAUCCUCUGCUAAGGAACUAGCUAGUCUAUCUGGAUGGGGCCCAUUCCUACUGCAAUUCGUCUUGUUUUAAUGUCUAAAGAAGAUAACUCAUCAAUACACUAAGGGUAUCAGAGACUCUCUAAGAAGAGGAAUCUAAUAUUUCAUGGUUCCAGAUGAUAUUUUUGUGAUUGGCAAGCCACUUCUCCACAACAUUCUCGAAUUCAAGCAAUUACCUAAGCCAAAGGAGGAUGAUAGUGAAGAAUUCAAUGAAGGAAGAAAGUUCAUGAUUGAUAAUGACACAUCAAUCGGUUUGAUGUCUUAAGCUGUACUAAUCAACCAAUGGAAAACUUUAAGUGAACUGGUUCAGAUCUUCCAAUAUGAAUCUCAAAUAAAGCAGGAAAUCUUAGUACUCUAUCCAAUUAUUGCUGAGAAGGCAGCUGAUUUCUUAUCCUGUACCACUCCUAAGUACUUGACCAGUCUUUUUAGAGUCCUAAAGUUAUCCUAUCUUCCGUUGUUGCUUCAAAAGGUGGUCUAAGAUGAAUUCUAGUAAGAGUAAAAUAUCAUAUAGUAUCAGUAGAUUUGCUACUAAAUGUGGGGAAUAAUUAAGGAAUUGCAAACUGAUUUUUCAGUGCACAAUAUCCAAGAGUUCUUAGAAUUUACUUUCAAUGCCGAUCUAAUGGAAUUGUACUAAAGAGUGCUUUCCCCAGCCUUGAGUGAGCAAGUAAAGCAGUUCCACAAAAAGAUGGCUCAAGAGGUAUUUGACCAGGGCAAUAAGUACUGGCUAAUUUUCAGAAGUGUGUUCAACCACUUAAUGCAGAUAUUCUCCAAUAGACCUCAUUUAAUCAAAGGAUUUGAGUAGUUCUUUAUGAAUUUCGCCAUUUGCAGAGAGAUCAGAAGUCUAGAUGCUGACAUUAAUCUCUACAGACUGCAGAACUUGAUUCCACAAAUAUUUGCAAAGGACUAUGAAAAUCUCCCAAUGGAGGAAAUCACUUACCAAGGUGCCUACAUUAGAACUAUCACCAUGAUUAUACUAGAAGAACUGUUAAGAAGUCAUAAAGUUCAUUUCCUAAGUGGAAAUCCAUUAAAUCAAAAUAGUAUCAUUUUCAUUGAGUCUGUUGAAGAGUUAGCUUUGAUGCUACUAGAUAUCAAUUUCUAGGCUAAGUAUAUCUUGGCUGACAUGCCCUAUUCCGAAAAGCAUAGAGUUAAGGUCAGAUCCUGGUAGACUUUGAUCGUUUUAAUGGAGUUCUUUGAACCAGCUCUAUAUUCUCCUAGUUUCAGAUAAAUGAGAGUUCAGCAAUCUGGCAGAGAUAUAGUUGCUCUUUUCAAUGAGAAAUUCUGGAAAAUUGUAGGUAUGAAUCACUUAUCUUCUGUUAGACAAUUUAUUGAGAUUGUUGCAAUAAAAUUCACUAAGAUGUAUCCUGAGCUAUCUAUUGAAAACCCUCUGUUCAUUAAGACACUCCUAGAUCCUAAUAUCAAACCACAAGUCGCUUCUUCAUUCUUAGUAAUUGCAGGAUACAUUUUGACUCAGCCACUCAAUGUAGUAAACGAGAUUCAGUUGAAACAUAAGAUAUUUGAGUCAUUAUCUGGAUUCCUGACAUCAAACUCUGCUCAUGCAAGAUGUGUGGCCCAAUAUUUUAUUUAUGAGCUUCAAGCAAAUCCAAACCAAAGCUAUAGAUCAUUUAUUCCGGAGGGAAUGAAAUCCUUGAUGAACUUCUUGAAUCUAAACAAAGACGUUAAGAAAUUGAUGGCGAAGCAAAGAAUUGAAGUCGACAGGAUAUAAACUGUAGUUGAGAAUUUAAAGGGUGUUCAUGUAGUCCUAUCUACACAAAUUGACAGUCAAGGAGAGUUCUUGAGCGUUCCAUUCGUUGAGAAAAUGAGAGAAGUUUUAAGUGUAGGCAUUAGUGAAAUAAGGAAACAAGACUUCCAACCUAUUGACAGAGAAGACCUCUGGAAAAAGGAACUUGAGAUAAGAAAGGAAAACGGCACCUAUCAAGUUAACUUCAAUGAGGAAAGCACUCAAAAUUACUAAAGAAAGAUCCUGCCAUGGGAGCAAGUUGAGUACGAUUACGAGCUGCUAAAGAGAGUAUAUGACAACAGAAAGAGAAAUGAAAUCAUAAUGUGCGCUUCAUUAAUUGACAAGGUUCCAAACCUAGCUGGUCUCGCAAGAACAUCAGAGAUUAUGAAUGCAGCUUGCUUAGUGAUCAAUAACAAAGCAGUUUGUGAGCUAGAGGACUUCAAAGGCGUUUCAGUUACAUCUGAAAAGUGGUUACCUAUAGUAGAAGUUCAAGAGAAAAAUCUCUAUCAAUAUCUUGAAUACUAGAAAUCAAACGGCUAUGUGAUUUUGGGAAUUGAGUAAACUGCAAACAGCAAGAUGCUGAAUGAGUACAAAUUCCCUAGUAAGUGCAUCUUGCUGCUAGGAAAGGAGAAAGAAGGAAUACCUUAGUAAUAUCUCAACAUCUUAGAUUAAUGCAUCGAAAUACCUCAGUUCGGUAUCAUUAGAAGUCUUAACGUACAUGUCAGCGGUGCUCUCUGCCUUUGGGAAUAUACCAAAUAACACAUUCCUAAGAAACUCCAAUGA